AAGAAUGCUCGGGAAGAUGCCAUUUGUGCGCUGAUACAGUUUCCUCGACUAUGCUAUGAAGUCUGGCCACCAUUUCCUGUACACGUUUUUCGUCAUCUGAUGUACCUUUGCGAAUGACUCCAGUUUGUAGCCAAAGUCCCACUGCGAACACCGUUUGACCAGAGAUUAGGGGUAAUGUGCGAUGAUAGUCUUUCCUUACUUAACAUUGCAUAGGAGGCGAUUUCAAUUUCGUGAACCAUUUGUAGGAGAUCAGCAUUUGCUGAGGCUGAGGUUGGAGGAGCUGUGCCACACGUAUCUUUAUAGUUUUUCUGGAGCGAUUCAGCAGUAGGGAUCUUGGCUAUGACUGUGCGCGGAAGGUUUUGGGAGUUGCUCGGCCACGUCAAAUGA